AUGCAGGGGACUCUGUCUCUGAUCAUCCUGAUGGGUCAGUGUUUCUUUGCCACUUGUCACCUCUAUGAGUACCACUUUAUUAAUGAGUCAAGGUCCUGGGAUGAAGCUCAGAAGUACUGCAGAGAGAACUACACAGACCUGGCCACAGUUUCUAACAGGACAGACCUGGACAGACUCUCUGAGCUUGAAGCUCAAACAGACGCCUGGAUCGGGCUUUACCGGAAGUACCACUGGUCUUCAGCAGAGGUUGAGAUGAAGCAUAUUAACACAUCCAUGUGGAACAGUGAUGAACCAAAUGAUUCUGGAAACUGUGUGUGGAUUAAAGAGGCUCAACAGGAUCAUAUAUUGGGUGAUGACUAUUGCCAAACAGAGCAUCCAUUUAUCUGUGUUAAUGAUGAAGUGGUCCUGGUCAAACAAAAUAAGACCUGGGAGGAGGCCUUAUACUACUGCAGAGACCACUUCAAUGACCUGGCCUCCAUCACAAACCUUCACCAGCAGAGAUGGGUCCAAGCCAGAGCUAAGAAAGCCUCCACCUCCCAUGUUUGGCUGGGACUGCGCUACACCUGCACUCUGGAUUUCUGGUUCUGGGUCAGUGACGAGGUGGUCAGCUAUGAGAACUGGGCCCUAGGUCAAAAGAUGGAUGACUGCGACAUGUCUGGAGCCAUGGAAAAAGGAGGAGAUAAGUGGUUCAAAAAGCAAGAUGAUGAAAAGUUUAACUUUAUCUGCUCCAAGGCUUAG